AUGUUUACUAUGUGCAUCUGCUAUGAUGUAUAUUCUUACAAACUUUGACAGUAUAUUUUAUAGUUCGAGACGAAUUUUAUAAAAAAAAAAAAAAUCCGUAAAAUCGCUGAUUUGCAAGAAUAAAAACAGUUCAAACUCAACCCCCACACAUGUAUGCAUACGUCAUAAUGCAGUAUAUUAGGGUGCAGUUGCACUUGUCCAAUGGUAAAUCGGCGGAUCCGCCCACCCUAUUAUGAGUCCCGAGGGUGCGAUGAACCACUGUAUAGGCUGUUACUCAAUCAGUCUCUUGGCGACCAUGGAUCCAAAGAGUUUGUACGGUCUUGACGGUUCUGACUCAGGUUUCGAAAUGAGCUUCGAUUCAGAAACCGAAGCAACGUUUUCGUUCGACGAUUGUACGUUAGGCUCAGAAGAAUUUGCUUCAUCUGUGAGUGUAGUUGAAGAAGAUUUACAAGUGAAACCUAGAAAACGUAGACAGAGAAGAACUAGAGAAAGAAGUCCAACACAGAUCAUUAAAAUAAAGAAACAUCGUCGCAUGAAGGCCAAUGAUAGAGAAAGGAACCGUAUGCACAUGUUAAAUGAAGCACUUGACAGGCUCCGAUGCGUACUACCCACGUACCCUGAUGAUGCAAAACUAACAAAAAUAGAAACUUUGAGAUUUGCACACAAUUAUAUCUAUGCACUAUCACACACAUUACAAGUCGUGGAAUCAACCGACCGACCACUUCUUGAACAAAACGAGCCACUAACUCUUACUAUGGGUGACGUGACCGUCAGUAUCGGUCAAAAUGGCAAUACAAUCACUUCGUCCACUGGAACUUGUGCUCUAGCACAGCAAAAGAAACCAUGUAUGAUGAGUGAACCACUGGCGACUUCAACGCCGGUCAAAAAAACUAUCGGCCCCUUAAAUCAAUAUGCCAACGACUCGGGAUAUUUUGAACAACAAAGCUUCACUAAUAGCCAUUCCGUCGGCUACACCAAUGAAAAUUACCAGAUAGAAAGAUGGACUCCAAAACCUUGCGACUUUCAACUACCAAACAAAUACUCGCAAUCGUACCACGAAUAUCAAAAUACGUGGUCGCAAGACACUGUUUGGCAGAGUUCGAUAUACGCCGAUCAGAGGUAUCACGAACCAAUGAUUUUUUAUUCUUGAAAAUCCAUAAGACUGCUACUAAUAUUACGUUAAUUCUUAAUUUUAUUCUUACCAUACUUGGCGGGUAACUACAACGACACUAUCUUUUUUCAUAUCUUAAACGUGCCAUUUUAAACAAAACCAAAUUAAGUAUUCAUCCGAUAUUAGUUUACUUUGUUAACAUAUUUUCACUUUCUAGUCGUUUAAUAAUACUGUUUUAUAUCGAUGAAUAGUUCUUGUGUAACUGUAGCCAAACUUGUUUAACUUGUAUUAAUUAUUGUUUAUUUUUGUAAAGACUUGUUGUGAUUUAUUUUUUAAAUAAAUAAAGAUGAAAUAUAUA